GAACCUGAGAAAACAUGCAUGCCUGUUUGGCCUGAGGCAGAGCUGCUCCUGUUGGCUGCAGAUCUCCUCCCAGCUCACUACAGCUAAUGACACACACCUUGUCCCCCAGGUGCAGAGGGGACAGGGAGGAAGAGCUGAGACCCACCAGCACACGUCUGUGAACGUCAGGAUAUCAGAUCACUCAGCCGACACAGCAGCAGCAGGAUGAGGUCCAGAUAUUUCAAACUGUCGAUUCUGGCCUUUGUCACGGCCUCAGCUUUGGUGUUCCUGGGCUCCAUCAAGAAUGAGGUCCAUACCCACUCGGAGAGACUCGAGACGGCCCACCACAACGAUUCCCUCAGGGGCCAGGGGAUGCUCAGAAGGAUGGACAAGAUGGAAAAGGAUAUAAAUCGGCUGCGUGACAACAUUAAUAAAACCAUUCACCACAUGAAACCUUUUCUGUCUGCAGAGGAUUUAAAGGAGAAGCUGGACGACUAUGUCACCCUGAUCAACGAGGAGCGUCCAGGCCUGGUGAAGAAGAUCCACCACUCUGAGCAGCUCGGCCUCACGCAGGCCAGACUGUCGGGGUGGAAGGUUGCUGUGGGGGACGUGGUGGCCAUCUUGGACGCUCACAUCGAAGUCCACGUGGAAUGGGCAGAGCCGUUGUUAACUCGCAUUAAAGAGGACCGCACUGUCAUACUCACACCAGUGUUUGACAGAGUCAAUUAUGAUGACUUGACGCUGACUCCCUACGUGCCUGCAGCUGACGCCUUCGACUGGGCUCUGUGGUGCAUGUACGAGUCCUUCAGACCAGAAUGGUACGAUCUGAAGGACGAUUCGCUACCUGGCAAGAGUCCGUCCAUCAUGGGGAUUCUUGUAGCCGAUCGCAAGUUCUUCGGUGAGAUCGGGAGUCUUGAUGGCGGAAUGAAAAUAUAUGGCGGGGAAAACGUGGAGCUUGGCAUCCGGGUGUGGCUUUGUGGAGGCAGCGUGGAGGUCAUACCUUGCUCUAAGAUCGCUCACAUUGAGCGAUCUUCAAAGCCCUACCUCCCAGACCUGAGUGUGAUGAUGAAGCGGAACGCACUGAGGGUGGCGGAGGUUUGGAUGGAUGAAUACAAAUAUAAUGUCAACAUUGCCUGGAACCUUCCUAUGGAGAAUCAUGGGAUAGACAUUGGGGAUGUGUCAGAGAGGAAGAAGCUGAGGAAGAGUCUGAACUGUAAACCGUUUCAGUGGUACCUGGACAACGUUUACCCCUUAUUGGACCCCCUGAGUGACCUAGUCGGCUAUGGAUCUCUCAUAAAUGACCUGAAGCCAGAUCUGUGUAUAGACCAAGGCCCAGUUCCUGGGAACACUCCCAUUGUUUAUCAAUGUCACUUCUACUCUCCUCAGCACUGUUAUUAUCGUACUGAUGGACAGAUCUACAUCGGUGGAAUCAAAUCUCACAAGUACAACAGCAACCGCUGUCUGGUCGACUCCGGCUCUGGAGUCUACCCGGGGCUGUACGAGUGCAAAGUGGCCGUGCAGAAGAAGUUCCACAUGCUGUGGGAUUUCAAACAGGACGGACCGAUCCAGAACAGAGAUACGAAGAGAUGUCUGGAAAUUGCGAUGGACGAAAACAGCUACUACAAGCUUGUCGUUCAGCAGUGCACUGGGCAGAACUGGAAAAUUCAGAAUCUCAUAAAAGACCAUCUGCUGGGCCCCAAGAAGACAAUAUGAGAAAUGAGCCAUUACUGCAUGAAAAAAAACAGACCAACCUGGUUUGCUUUGAGUUUUUCACUGGACGGUUUCGAUUUUUAUUAUCAUGUUUUUGACAUUUAUCUUUAAAAGGAAU